GUAAAAUUAUCGUUUGUUGUUGCGGUUUGCGUUAUCUCUUUGUGUAAACGCAGCUUUAUCAUUUUGGGAACACUGUAGUUCCAUUCUGACCCAAAACUCGACAAAAAGUACUUUUAUAAUUGAAAAAUAAUAAUUCGAGUUAUGAUGAAGUUCUGUGCCAAUUUGUCCUUCAUGUUCACGGAGCAGCCCUUCUUGGAGCGCUACCGCUUGGCCAAAGAGGCCGGUUUUCGGGCCGUUGAGACCGGCUUUCCUUUUGGUUUCACGGAAAAGCAAGUCGUUGAUGCAAAAAACGGCGCUAACAUCCAACAAGUCCUCAUUAACACGUACACCGGCGAUGUAACGAAGGGCGAACUCGGUUUUGCGGCAAUUCCCGGCAAAGAACAGGAAUUUAAAGACAGCAUUCAGAAAACCAUCACUUAUGCGAAAAGCCUGGGGGCUUCCAAAAUCCACAUCAUGGCCGGGAAAGUCGCCGAUGUGACUGACGCCAAUCAUUCGGUUUACGAAACCAAUUUAAAAUAUGCAACCAAGUUGUUGGAGCAGGAGAAUAUAAUUGGGUUGAUUGAGCCAAUUAAUAAAUAUUCGGUCCCCAAUUAUUACCUCAAUUGUUACGACAGAGCUUUGAGUGUGGUGAAAAAGAUCAACAGUCCGAAUUUGAGAAUCAUGUUGGAUGUUUUUCAUUUGCAACACAUCAGGGGGAAUAUUACCAAUAGUAUCAAGGAUUUAGGGGGGUAUAUCGGGCAUGUGCAAAUCGCACAAGUGCCUAAUAGAAACGAGCCUGAUACUCCAGGCGAAUUAAACUAUGUUUAUGUGUUGGAAACCUUGAAGUCUUUGGGGUACAAUGACUGGGUCGGGUUGGAGUACAAACCACUUGAGGACACCAACAAGGGGCUCAAAUGGGUCAAGAGUCUUGGGUACAGUCUGUAAUUGGUGUCAAUUGGGGAAAUAAAGGCUGUUUUUACUUAAUAA